AUGCGGCCCUCUUCCCGUGUACCCCCUCCUGCGUGUAAUGUCAGGCACCAGGCAGCAUUCAGCUGCAGCAGCUUGGAAGCACGCAUCGCCACCCCCAUCGCCGUCUCCCCCGCCGAUCCCCCGCCCCGCGCCACCUCUAUGGCCGCCGGCGGAGGCGGAGGUGGGGACAUCAGCGCCGACUCGGAGCGGCGCCUCAAGAAGGCCAUGGACAAGCUCUACCACUUCCCCAAGCCUAAGUCGAGUAGCACCGGCGGCUCUAAGCCCUCUUCGUCGGCCUCGGCUCCAAGCUCCGGGAGAGCGGUGGGGAAAGCAGCGGCGGAGGCGGCGAGAAGGCUCGGGGUGGUGCGCGGGUCGCGGCUCCCGCCUCAGGUGUCGGCCAUGUCAGCGAUCUCGCCACCACCGCCGUGCCGCCCCUGGGACCGCGCCGACCUCAUGCGUCGGCUCGGGUCAUUCAAGGCCAUGACCUGGUUCGCCAAGCCCAAGGUUAUUAGUCCUGUUAACUGCGCAAGAAGAGGAUGGACUAACAUUGAGCCGGAUGUUAUAACAUGUGAAGCUUGUGGGGCACGACUCCUGUUCUCCACUCCUUCCUCGUGGACAACACAGCAAGUUGAAAAGGCUGCUGCUGUUUUCAGCCUGAAGCUGGACACUGGGCAUAAACUACUGUGCCCGUGGAUUGAUAACAUAUGUGAUGAAUCACUUGCUUUAUUUCCACCAACACCUCCUCCUGUUUUAGUUGGGAACUACUAUGAGCUUUUGUCCUCUCUGCUGCGACUUUUAGCACUCCCAAGAAUUUCCUGCUCUUCUCUUGAGACCAUGAAAAAGAGGAGUCCACAGCUAGAGCAGUUCCUAUCAGAACCAUUCUCUUCAUCAGUUGUUCUCAAAGGGGGAUUUAUGCUUACUGAGGACUCUACAAUUAAGGAUUUGGAUGGUGCUUUUCAAGAUGCUGACACAUAUUAUCAGGCACUUAAGAUAAUAAGUUUGUGUGGAUGGGAACCCCGCCUACUUCCUUAUGCUAUUGACUGUGGAACUGAGUUUCAUUCAGAUACAAACUCUACCUCUAAAUUGGCUCAACCAGAGCAAUCAAGUAAGACAAUGGAGGAUCGGGUCAUACUUUACUCACCUGAUGAUGCUAAUGGUGCUCGACCAUCUGCUGAUGUUAAUCAUGAAGAUCAGCAUUAUGAUCCAUUAUCAGUUGUUUUAGAUUGCCAAUUUUGUGGUGCAUGUGUUGCCUUGUGGCCCUUUUCUCUUGUACAACGACCUCUUCAACUCUUUAAGCUGAUUUCAGAUUCUAAUAGACAAGAUGACCAGGAUAAUGGGCAUGCCAACGUAGUCGGUGGAGUAGGUCAUUCAAAGGAUGCCAACAUUGGUUUUAAUUUCACCAUUGCUGGGGGUCCUCCACCAACUAGACAAAGUUUCCGACCAAAAGUUUCAUUUCCUGUCGUUAGUCGACAUUUGAAAGCUGACUUGAACUCUCGUGUGAAUUUGCUUUCCUCCGGAAGUGAUAGCCACAUGGUUCCUGUUGCUUCGGACGCUUCAGGUUCCAUGAAACGUAAAAGAAGCACAGAUCAACCUCAUUUGUUGGAAGGUGAUACCGAUGAUGUUGAUACAUCCACCAUAAGGGCAAAGCAUGACCAGCCAGGAGAAAAUUCUGAAAAGAGCAUACCAAACUUGGUAGUGAGCACUGAACAGAAACAAGGUGGUUCACAUUCCAAUACAGAUAAGGAUACCAAAUUGGAUGAAGCUUCCAAUGUAGAACAACCAGAAACAGGUUCUCCUUCAAGAAAAAGUAUAACAAGAACAGAUGCGGCUGUUGAUCAACAUGGAUUGGAACCUAGAUUUUGCUCAGUUCAGGGUACGAGUGAAGAACCUUCUAAUGGAGUGACCCUAACAGAGACGCAUGCAAACAAUUCCAGGCCAACUGAGGUAGCAAUCACAGAAUCAUUAGUCAACAGGGAAAAAGGUGUGUACAGACCUCCAGAAAAACAAGGACUGUAUGACAGAAUGAAUGAGUUUGAUCCUAUCAAGCAGCACAGGACAUUCUGCCCUUGGAUUUCCCCUGAUUACGGCGAACCCUUGCCUGGAUGUAGGUUGACUCUCUCAGCAUUACUUACUCAGGACAAAAGAUCAGAUGGGGACUUGCAAGUGGAGGUUCAGACCAGCCUUCUCGAUGAGGAGGAUGACCCUCUUACUUCUGUUAGAAAGCUCUUCAUGACACCACCUCCAAAAAGACGGAGGAUACAACAAUCCGAAAAGAGCUGA